AUGGAGCACAACCACCUCCAUCUCCACAACGGCUCCCUCCUGUCGCACCACCGCUAUGGCUGCGGCUUGGGAUACGCACCUGUCGUCUACUACAGCCUGCUGCUCUGCCUGGGGCUGCCGGCAAACAUCUUGACUGUCAUCAUCCUUUCCCAGCUUGUGGCUCGCAGGCAGAAGUCCUCCUAUAACUAUCUUCUAGCACUAGCUGCUGCUGACAUCCUAGUUCUCUUCUUCAUCGUCUUUGUCGACUUUCUCAUGGAAGAUUUCAUCUUAAACAAACAGAUGCCUCAGGUACUGGACAAAAUAAUUGAGGUUUUGGAAUUUUCUUCCAUCCACACCUCCAUAUGGAUUACGGUUCCACUAACAAUUGAUAGGUAUAUAGCUGUGUGCCAUCCACUGAAAUAUCACACAGUCUCCUACCCUGCUCGUACUCGAAAAGUCAUUGUAAGUGUCUAUAUCACCUGCUUUUUGACAAGCAUCCCCUACUACUGGUGGCCCAAUAUUUGGAUUGAAGACUACAUAAGCACAUCAAUGCAUCACGUCCUCAUCUGGAUCCACUGCUUUACUGUUUACUUAGUGCCCUGCUCCAUCUUCUUCAUCCUGAAUUCCAUCAUUGUGUACAAGCUGCGACGAAAGAGCAACUUCCGACUGCGAGGGUACUCCACAGGAAAAACAACAGCCAUUUUGUUUACUAUAACUUCUAUUUUUGCCAUACUUUGGGCACCAAGAAUAAUCAUGAUAUUGUAUCACCUCUAUGUAUCACCUAUAAACAACAGCUGGGUGGUACACAUCGUGUCAGACAUCGCCAAUAUGCUAGCGCUACUGAACACUGCAAUUAAUUUCUUCCUUUACUGUUUUAUUAGCAAAAGAUUUCGCACAAUGGCAGCUGCCACGCUGAAAGCCUCCUUUAAGUGUCAGAAGCAACCUGUGCAAUUCUAUACAAACCAUAACUUUUCCAUAACAAGCAGCCCUUGGAUUUCCCCAGCCAACUCUCACUGCAUCAAAAUGCUUGUUUACCAGUAUGAUAAGAAUGGAAAGCCUAUAAAAAUAUCACCAUGAAAAGGGCAAUAGUUGGAGCUUCUGGGUGCAAGUUCUUUUCAAGUGGUUACAUCUUCAGGAUGUAAUUUGCCAAAAUGGCUGUUUUGAAGAGUGGUCAAUUGAUUUCAUUUCCCUGGGAGACCAAGAGCAGAUCAGACUGUCGGGAGGGAACAGGAGCACUUGAUUUUAGGAGCAAAAGUGAGAAGGCAACUGCCUCCAUCUCUCACAUAGUAUUUUGAAUAUGCUUCAGAGUUCAAGUCUUCUUAGUGAUCAGUCACACUCAAACGUUCGGCAAUCCCAAAACCAGUGCAGUUCAAAGUCAUUGCAGAGGGGAAGCCACAACAGUGUUUAAAUAUAACCUUUUUAAAAACAACAAAACCUUAUCUGACCCCACAGUCCACUAGCAACAGAGCAAACAGAUGCUUUUUUUACAUAUUGUGGAAGGUGCCAUUUCUGGUGUGUGCACUUGCCAAAAACAAUGUGUUGUUUCUGACAUGGAAUACCAACACAGUCUGGCUGUAAAGACCUUGUGGCAGGAGGCAGCCUGCGAGGCACAAACUGUAACAAGCCCUUUUUGGGUCAUUUGAACAAGGCUUGAGGACUGAUGCAGUACUUGUUGCAGCCUCAGCAUGGAAAGCAAUCCUGCAAACUGCCAAUAUUCCUAUGUUGUAAGUUGUUACUAAAGAAUGUGACAGAGAGGGGAGCUCAAAGGAAGGAGGGAGGUUUCUAGAGCCAAGAACAAAAGCAGCAUCUUUUCCCAGCUACAUCAGUGUGAAGUAUGGUGUCUAAAGACUUUCAAGAGCAAGUCUUGCCUAAUGCAGAGCAACUCCUGUGAGAUUUGGAGUGAUUACAGCCUUCAGAUUCCUCCUUAAUCAAUAAAGAUUCUGAUUUAUGUUCAGGCCUGGGAGGAUUAACAUAUAAAACGUCAACCUAAGAUUUUUAUUUUCCUGGCAGAUUAUGCCAUCCUAUUGGAUAUUCGCCAUUUAAUUGUUAAAAAGCUAUUUGUGAAAUAAAUCCAUUAAAUACCCAACAGCAGUAAAAACACAGAUCAGCUUAAACUGAGGCUUUAAAAUAUUUACCUUAUUUAAAGUAGCUUAACUUCUCUUUCUACACACUCAAAAGCUGACAUCCCAGCAAUGCUAAGUGUAGGAAAUGAAGAUAUUUACAGGAAAGCCUGAAAAUGCGUUUCUUAAUUUCUCUCCUUUUCCCAUCUUAGCACAUGGUCUCUCAGGACCAUGUCCUACAACCUUUACCACUUCUCUAUUGGGCCUUUAAAGCAGCCUUAGUGAGCACAGGAGC